AUGUACCCAUUACGUUCAAUUCUUCUAUGUGGCGUUUCCACCUCGACAUUUAGUGGAGGUAUGGAGCGCAAAGCGCUGCGCUUCGUGCUGGGUCAGCUGGUACGGUCGGCGCAUCGGAUACUUCGUGGAGAUGCAGCUUCCAUCGGAGAAGCUGUUUCGCUCGUCGGAUCAGUUAACGAAUCCAUGGUUGGCGAACUACCUCCGGUCGAAUUAUGCGCAGCUCAAAUGUCUCCCGUGCUUUACGGGCUUCUGUACGAGUGUCCCAACUUACACUGCUCCGUUUUUGGAUUCAGCCGCACCGGUGAAAAGAUUCCACUCCACGACCACCCCACUAUGCACGGAUUCGUCACCGUUUUGAGAGGAUCGCUGAAGGUAACGUCAUUCUCUUUUCUGGACCCGACAGGGAAACAUUGGUCUGGCCGAACCAAGGUGCGCUACGAAGGAGAGCGAACUGUGAGGCAAGGAGAUGGGUGCGUCCAUUUGAGCCCUAUAAAAGGUAACAUUCACGAAAUAACUGCAUUGGAAGAUGGGUCAUUUUUCUUUGACAUCCUGGUACCAGGCUAUGGGGACUCGAUCCCAUGUACCUACUUUGAGGCGCCUGAGAGUCUGCCUUUGGUUGGUCGAGAAUGCUCCCUUAAAGAGAUCCCGUGUCCUCCAAGCUACUUCUGCUAUACAGUUCCGUUGGAAGGCUUUUCCAGGAAAAUGAUACUUGAGAAUGGAUGGUUCGUGAACGAAGCACUUUUGGCUGAACAGUUUGAAGCUAAUGCAAUACCGACAGAUGUUAAGAAACUGGAGAAGAUACUGUGUGAUACUGACAUUCGUGAAUAUGGUGAUCCUUGUUUAUCAAACUGUAUGAAUAAAGAAGUCCUCAGUGGCCCUAUAGUUCUCCAACUAAUCAGAUACAGGAACGUAUCUCAGCCAAAAGUUAAGGAAGACGUGCGAAGUAGUAGCGAUGUCGCUCGCAUGUCUCUCACCGAUGGUCACACUACCAUAUCAGCACUACUUUUAGAAAAUAUUAAAGGUCUGAACUCUGAUACACCACCUGGGACCAAGCUACGGAUAACUGGUACGGUCUCAGUGGAAAACGGUUUUGUAAUUUUGAACCCACAAAAUGUCGCUGUGCUUGGGGGGCAUGUGGAAAAACUCUCGGAGGGCAUGUGGAAAAACUCGUCGAAAAGUGGACAAUAG